AUGGAAGACACGUACAUCCCGAUCCCCCAUUAUCCGCCGUUCAAGCUCAGAUCGUCUCUUAUCGACAAGGAUCCCGUGAUCUGGGUGCAUCUUUUGGAAGGCUACAUCCAGCUCUGCCAGGUUCUCUUGAGUGGCAAAAUCAAGCUCAAUGUCAAGAGCCAGCAACAGUUCCAACUUUUCCUCAAGGUGUAUCUUGCCGAAACGUCGGAGGAAACGACCCGGAUCUUCUCUCUUGGCGCCAUCAACCCGGAGAUCCGCAAAAACACCGCCUUGCUUCGGGCCUAUGUUUUGCAAGUCAUAAAGCUGUACAGCGUGGUGAAACUCGGCCUAGGACCAGAGUCCUUGUGGCAUUUUGUGUUGGUGUACGUGGAAAAAAACACAAGCCUUGUCCGCCGGCUCAUCGACGGGUCGUUCAAGUCGCCAAUGAACGACAACAAGAAACUGGGCAAGAUCUCGCUGGUGCCAGUGCUCCGAAAACACUUGGCCGAGCAGAUUGGCGCAGGCAAAUUCUCUCUCCACCACUUGAAGUACCUUGCCAUGCUUUUGGGCCAGCAAACGACGGGCCCGGUGCAGAAAUUUCUGCUCAGCGGCGCAAAAACAAGCAAAAAAAUCGUCUCCAAGGACAAGAACAAGACCGCAGGCGUUUCUUUCGCCGAAACGUUUGUGAACGAAGACUGGAUCGAGGCAUUGGAGAGACUCUAUGCGGGCGGAAAAAGUGUCCACGCCCACAUAGUCAAGCUGGCGAUGGUUAUUAGUGUUUUGUCGCUUUCGCCGGCCAAGUUGGCCAAAGUCAUGUCUGUGUUGGGCAUUUCCAGCUCCGGCACCUUGGCGAUGUCGCCGUUGCUCAGUGCCAUAAUCCUAUCCGAGCCGUACAAGGAAAUGAACCCGGGCUUGGAAGAACGGUUGCCCUUUUUAAGAAGCAUUUCCAUCAAAACUGCGCCAUCCGUCAACAUGAAAGACGUUGAGUUUUUGGUGGACAUGUUUCCUGCCCUCACCGAGCUGAAGGCCAAGACCGUGCUUUUGGAGAACGACGGGAACGUCGAGAAAGUGACCAAUGUGCUUCUCGAAAAUCCUCUGCUCGUAGACUCGAUUGCUGACUUCGAGGAAACCCAAAAGAAGGAAAUCACAGUGUCCCAGGCGGAAUUGGAACGCGGCCUUGCAAGGUUCAGCCUUCAGGAAAACGAAACCACCGAGGUUCUUGGCAAGCAGUCGAAAGAACCGGAAAAGGCGUCUGCCGAAGAAAUGAAAAAGCGAACCUUAUCCGCCGCUUUGAAGCUUCUCUAUGAAAGCGACGAGGACGAAAGAGACGACACGUAUGACGACCAAGAACACACUUCCGGAGCUGCAUUCUACGAGUACGAGAAGAAGCCGAAAAACAAGGAUAAGGCCCGUUUGGCAGUGUUUGAAGAUGAAAACGAACCCGUUCCAGAAACUCAAGGAUCGCCUGCUCCGGCGCCGCCCGUGGUGGAUAAGAAUGAACUUAAUUUGUUUGGGUACUUCAAGACCGAGGGAGAAGCUGCGUUCGACAAGAGCUCUCGCAAGUCCAAGAUCAGAGGCGAAAUGAAAAACGCCACGAAAUGGACAGACGAGCAGAUCGAGGGCUGGUUCCGCAUGCUCCACAAGUCGCCAAAGAGAUUCCGUCUUUUGGAAGAACAGUAUGUUUUCCAUUUUUCCAAUAAGAGGAGAACACAGAGGGACGCCGAGGUAAAAGAGACAAGAAAACCUUCAACGCCAACACCAACAGACAGACGCACGCAGGCGAGAAAAGAAAAGAAUAAAGCUGUGGUGGGGAAUCAUAAUAGGAAAGGACGUCACAACAGGAAAGCGCAGGCUGAGCUUGCUGGCAUGCAAUGA